AUGGCGACGGAUCCUAAAAUUUUAUAUCAAAAAAUUACUCAAAUAAACACAGCAUUUUAUAAAGAAAUCUCAAAGCUUGCGUCUCCUGCUUUUGUAAAUUUUAUACAGGUUGAUAGCUAUAUGUGUGAAAUGGCUUGCUAUCAAAAUCCGAAGGCAAAUAUUGAAGAAUCAGAUUCAUGCGCGGAAACUUGCAGAAAACAAUCGAACCCAUUAAGGAGUAAGAUUCAAGAAACAUAUAAAGCAUCAUUUGUGAGACAUAUUUAGAGCAAACUCUCUGAUUGUAGCGAAAAUUGUGGAAAAGAUGUAGAAUGCACUAAAAAUUGCAUAAAAAGCUAUGCUGGCUCGCUAAAAGCAUUUGCAAAUACUUUGACAAACUCUCAGAUAAGCUAA